AUGGCCACAAUCUCAAGUGACAAUCGUUCUGCGGCCCAGCCAGCCUCGCUUUUCACAAGCGCCCCCCCUCGGCCGCCAUCCCUGACUCCCUCCUCCAUCCCUACCCCAUUGUCCUCCAACACCGACACCACAAACACCUCAACCGCCCCAAACUCCAGUGUUCUGACUCCUUCAGGAGUAGUGUCCGACGGUUUCGCCCCGUCAGGCGCUCACGCCAGCAGCCCGCACACUUCCCAGGCUGGCGGCCCGCUAUACUACCCAGGCCACAUGACGGGCUCCUGGCCAACGCCGGGUCUUUCCCAGCCUCCGGCGUACACGUACGGGAAUUCUGGCUCCGGACCCGCUGGCUCAGGCCCGCUCGCUCAACCGCCGUACAAUCGAACCCCAGCAUCCUACGGUUCAGCCCCCUCACCGUCCCACCAGCACUUCCCCGGUCGCGCUUCAACAUCGGCCCCGAACGGUGAAUCCCUACCAGCACCGCACUCGUAUCAGGAUCAGCCAAGCUUUCCAAGCCCAGUGAGCGUUGGGGGGGCCGGGACCAGCGGAGGAGGCAGCCUCGGGUCGCCGCUCAACGCCCCAGGGGGGCACCAGUCCGGACUCGCCCAGCCCAUGAUCGGCAACCCGACCCAAAACACGGCACGUCAAGCACCACCCGGACAAAACAAUCACGGAGGAGGUCCGGUCACGACACAAGACGGAGGCUCCUACCGCUCGGCGGCUACCUACUACCCACAGACGACAGCGCCACAGCAGCCUUCCUUUUCUGCCUACGCAUCGCCAGUGACGCAGCCAUCGCCGACAACCGCCCCUCCGGCUACGUCUUCCGGGUCCAUCCCACGAGGCGCUGGCUCAAUCCCAGCAAUGGCUCCGCCGCUACAAUAUCCAGGCGGACGCGGCCACCCGGUACAGUCCAUGGUAUCGUACACGUCAUAUAGCCCAACAUCGGGCCCAGUCAUGAGCAAUAUGCACCACCCAGGGUCUCCUUUAGCCAUGGUAGGCGGCAUGUCAAACAUCUCAAGCUACAGCCAUCAUUCGGGCUUGUCUCCUCACCAUCCGCAUCCCCUUUACGUCCACCACCCAGGCGGUCCAGCGCCGCAGUCGGAACGCCCUUUCAAGUGCAACGAAUGCCCGCAAGCCUUCAACAGGAAUCACGACUUGAAGCGGCAUCAGAGAAUACACCUAGCCGUCAAGCCGUUCGGGUGCGAAGACUGCGAGAAGAGGUUUUCUAGGAAAGACGCACUCAAGCGUCAUAAGCUCGUCAAGGGAUGCGGCAGCACAUCACCUCCAGGAGCGGCCGGCGCUGCUACCGGCGGUAACGAAGGUCCCCCGGACGAUCGCAGUGCGGCGGCAGGCGGAGACAGGGACCAAAGCCCAAAAUCGAUAAAGAAGGAGCUCUGA